UUUAAUUUCUAUGACGACCAAAAUUAAUUGGAGCAGAGGAAACAAAUAACAUACUCGUUUCUAAAUUGUACUUCCAAAGGAUUUUGUUCAGCAACAACGAUAUCGGUAGCCAGCUUCCGACAUGAAAACACUGUAUAAUCUCAAGCCAAAUAUUAAGUACGACGGAGGCAUCUGCGUCGAAUAAGAUCUAAUUGUUCAUAAGCUAAUGAUGUAGUCAUGACCAUUAAGAAAAUAGUUUAAUUAAAUAAUUCCAAAGAUAAAGGUAGGAGCAGUACCUAGUUAGCAAAUUUGAUCUCAUAUUUCUGCUAUCUAAUUGCAGUGCCCCCUGAUUUCGUGGGUCUUAAGGAAAGGACAGGACAGGGGAGGGGUAAAUAACUGAAAUGUUAGCGAGAAAACAGCAAAUUUAAAAGCUGCAAAAUAGGAUAUGACCCAGUCGGUUCUCACUUUGCUCGAUCUACUGCGGGGGGAAACAUUACAUUUGUUCCUUAAUGCUCUCUCCAUUAAAUCAUAAACAUCCUCAGGCUUGCUUUCAUUUCUUCCUUUUCCCUUCCUGAAUGUUUUUUUUUUCCAAAACAAUUUUAAGCUUUCGACAAGAAGCUCGAUCGAUAGAUCUUCUACGUACUUCAUAACACCGGAGGGGGAGAGACGCAGAGAGUCUGUGUGUGAAUCUCACCGAUCGAUCACUAUCGCAUGCACCUGAGGUAAUCUUACAUCCUUCACCACUCGUAGUUUGCUUUAAUUUUGGCAGAUGAUCAUCCAUCAUAUAUAAUUUACAGGUUUGAUAUAUGGUAAUCUAAUUAAUUUUAGUUUCAAUUUGCAUGUUGUGAAAAUAGGUGAUAUGCAACAGAGAUUAAAACAGCAGCAGCAGCAACAGCAGGCACUAAUGCAGCAAGCUUUACUUCAACAGCAACACAUGUACCACCCCGGUGUACUCGCCGCCGCAGCUAUGUCACAGAUGGAACCAAUUCCUAGUGGCAAUCUACCUCCUGGAUUCGACUCGUCCACGUGUCGUAGCGUCUAUGUAGGAAACAUCCAUGUCAAUGUGACUGAGAAACUGCUCGCUGAAGUUUUCCAGACUGCUGGCCCUUUAGCAGGAUGCAAGCUUAUCAGAAAGGAGAAGUCGUCGUAUGGGUUUGUCGAUUAUCACGAUCGAUCUUCUGCAGCCAUUGCAAUCAUGUCACUGCAUGGAAGGCAGCUUUAUGGGCAAGCAUUGAAGGUGAAUUGGGCAUACGCAAACAGUCAACGAGAGGAUACCUCAGGGCAUUUCCACAUAUUCGUCGGAGACUUGAGCCCGGAGGUUACUGAUGCGACGCUGUAUGCCUGCUUCUCGGUCUAUCCCAGUUGCUCUGAUGCAAGAGUGAUGUGGGAUCACAAGACCGGUCGAUCCAAAGGAUACGGUUUCGUCUCCUUUCGUAAUCAGCAGGAUGCACAAGGUGCCAUCAAUGAUCUAACUGGUAAAUGGCUUGGGAAUAGGCAAAUAAGAUGCAAUUGGGCCACUAAAGGGACAGCAUCCAAUGAUGACAAACAGAGCAGUGACAACCAAAAUGCAGUUGUGCUUACUAGUGGAUCUUCAGAGGGAGGUCAAGAAAAUAGCAAUGAGGAGGCUCCUGAGAAUAAUCCGGCCUACACCACUGUUUACGUCGGUAAUCUUUCACAUGAGGUUACUCAAGCCGAACUACAUUGUCAUUUCCAUGCGCUUGGAGUCGGGGUGAUUGAAGAGGUUCGAGUUCAGAGGGACAAAGGUUUCGGAUUUGUGAGGUACAACACCCAUGAAGAAGCCGCUUCAGCCAUUCGAAUGGGGAACGGCAAGAUCGUCCAUGGGAAACCCAUGAAGUGCUCAUGGGGGAGCAAGCCGACUCCGCCGGGAACAGCUUCGAACCCUCUGCCGCCUCCAGCACCACAACCAUACCAAAUCCUGCCUUCAACUACACUCAACCAAGGCUACUCUCCGGCCGAUCUAUUAGUGUACCAACGGCAACUGGCGUUGAGCCAAGCAGCGGCAUCUGGGCUUUCGGGGCAGGCCCUUGUACAGUUGACUGGACAGCAUGGGCUCGCCGCGGCUUCGAUGGGCCUGGGCUCGGCUGGCUCUCAAGCCCUGUACGAUGGAUACGGCAAUAGUACCACGGGCCAACAGCUUAUGUACUAUCGUUAGUUCUUAAUCACGUUCUGUUCGUUAAACAUUUUGAGUAACCUUUCUUCUUUUCUUGAGUUUUUUUUUCACGGCUGUUAUUCUAAUCUUUUCUCAGGUACGUACCUUGCAUGGUACUUUAUUUUUUUGAGUAAGUUUUGAAUGUAAUUGUAUUUUUAUAUUUUAUUUAUUGAUUUUAUGGACUUAUAUGAUGUUGUAUUAAUUAAUUAGGUUCUGUUAUAAGUUAUAAUUUAGAUGGUCAUGUUUGUUGUAUAUAAUUUAUAACCAUCUUUAAGUUGAUGAAUUAGUGGGACAAAUUUUUAGCUCCAAAGAACAUUUGCAAGAAUAAUGAGCAAUUUAUAGU